AAUUAUUAUAAACAUCUCUCUGCCAUUUCCCACCAGCAAAAGAUGUCUCGUCUUUUUAUUUUUCUAAACAUCUUCCUCGUUUUAAUCGCAAACACCACAUCUUUGACUGAACACAACGCAAACCCAAAGCCAAGACCAAAGCAAAAGCUUCAAAAUUUUGUAAUUCCGAUAUUGAAAGACGCCAAAACCAGUCUCUACUACACCACCAUGACCGUCGGGAAGCCACCACUCACCGUUAACCUAGUCCUAGACAUUAGUGGUUCAGCCUUAUACUUCCCAUGCGGAGACCUCGGCUAUAACUCAACCACCUAUGCCCCUGUCCUCUGUGGGUCCCGUGGCUGCCCACAACCUAAAGACGAAUGCUUCACUACAACUUGCUACGGCCCCUUCGGACCUACCUGCAGAAACGAUACAUGUAUAUCUGCUGAUGUCAAGUCCUACUUAGCUGACACCAGUGAACGCAAUUAUCUACUUAAGGACGAUGUGAUCCUAAGCUACUCGUCGUCAUCAUCAGCACACUUAGCCUCAAAACUCGCGGUGAGGGCGCGUUUCGCUUGCGUACCUUUCUUUGAUGCUUUGACGAAGCUUCCUUAUGGUGCUAACGACAUUCUUGGACUCAGUCAUAGCUCUACUUCUUUCGUUAAUGACUUAGUCUCUUCUUACAAGAUCCCCUUCAGAGUCGCUCUUUGUUUACCUUCUAAGUCUGGAAAGGGCUAUUCCGGGAAUGCUUACAUUGGUGGCGGUCCGUACUUGCUACCUCCAAACCGUAAAGAUGUCACAGAGUUAUUGGUUUCCACUCCUCUGAUGUGGGAACACAGACACAUUACUAGCUAUACCAUAGAUGUCACAUCUAUUGAAGUCAACGGAAAGAGGGUCGCUUCUAAUAGCAAUAAAGGUCCCUGGGGACCUGCACUGGUCGGCAAAUCAAUCCCUUACACUCGCUUGCAUAAUUCAAUUUACAAAGCUCUUGUUAAAGCUUUCGCAGGGAAAGCUCAGAAGCGAAAAGCCAUGGCUCCCUUCACUGACUGCUUUAGCUACAAAAGUUUUGGAGGAAAGACUCUGUUGGGAAAAGAGAUUCCAGUGAUUAGUUUGGUGCUAGGAGGUGGAGCGAAAUGGAAUAUCUAUGGACCAAACUCGCUGGUGAAGGUGACGAAGAAUGUUGUGUGUCUAGCAUUUGAAGGAGGACACAAUGAGGUAUAUCCAAUUGAGAUUGGAUCAUAUCAAAUGGAAGAUAACCUAGUUGAGUUUGAUCUUGAAGCCUCAAAGUUUUCUGUCACUUCUACUCUUUUGCGUCACAACGCAUCAUGUAGUCCGCAGUGAUGAGUUACUACAAAGCUCAUUACUUAUAUUAUAUCAUGAUCAUAUUAAUAAUAAAUAUAUUGGUUAAAGACUCAUAUGUAAGGAGAGCCUAUAUAUGGGUAGAGCCAUGUGAACACAAAUUGUGUACAUAAGCGAUAAAAAUACAUACAUAUAUUCUCAUUCGUAAAAAUUGUCUUUCAAAUAUC